GUAAAAGUAACAGCAAAAAAACCGGUGACAGAAACACUACCCCUAAACUGCUGCACCACCGCCUCUAUUCGCCGUGCCGCCCUCUCCCCUCUGCUCAACCAGCAGCUCCGCCGAAGAGCCAAGGAUUGAUUUAACGCGGAAUGGAUGCAAAACGUGUGCUGGGAAACAAUGACAUUGAUGAUGUCCGUUGGCUAUGUUCGUUAACCGACUCUGAACUUGAUCUGUUAAUUAGCUUAAAGAAUAUGGUAAAGAUGCGAGCUGAUAAAAUUGGCCAUGGAGCUUUGGCAAAGAAGUUCAACUUACAUAUGUUGUGGGCCUUCAGUGUCAUAUUUAUGGAACAUUUGAAAGGACAGCUAAAAGAUGUGCCAGUGGCUUCCAGUAACUUGUUCAAACAAAACGUCAGUGGUAUCUUUGCUAGAAUGACUGAUGAAGAUUUAUAUCCAUAUGUGAAUUCUGAUAGGAGGAAAAGAGUUUUUGGCAUGCUUUUUCAGGAUAUGCAUCCCUCCCAAAAGCAAAAAAACUAGCAACUGAAGUUUCAAAGAGACUUGUAGUACAAUCUCCUCACACUCUUUAAGGCCCAUCACCAGUUUUGAGCUUGUAUUUCGGGUUUCUUCUCCAUCUUGUAAGUUACUUACCUCCUCUAUGAAGCUCUAUUGAUUGAAGGAAAAGGAACGGAGCAAACUACAUGCUACGGAGUAAUUUUUAGCUGAGAUAUUUCUGCUUGAAAUCACACGUCGUUCCUUGUAUAGGUUAUAUUCUUGUCCAAAUUUUCAGACAAAGUGAUUUUUUUAGGGAACAAAGUAAGUGUUAGAAACAUUUUUCUCUGAUAAAUUCAGUUUAUUUACGCGAAUUUUUAUCGCUUGCUAUUUCUUAAAGUACUUUUGAAUUGUUUCAGUGUAACUUCAUUUAUUUACAAUGUUAUACUUCAUUUUCUACUAUGUCCCAUUACUUUAUCUUAAUUAGCCAUUCCCAUCAUCAAAUAUGUGGAUCUAAUUUGACCAACAUAUUAUCUGUAUCUCAAAAAAUUCGAUGCUAGUUAAUCUUAUGAAAUCUGGUUUGACAGCCCAACUACUUCCACCAUGUACUACAGGCUAACAGCUUGAUACACAGACAAAGUAUGUUGGAGGAUCCUUUAAAUUAGCCAUAAUUUGUCCCCAUGCAUCUUCACCUCAUACUUACACACCCAAACAAAACACACAUAUCUCCAUGUUUGUUUUAGAAUUCGAACAGCUCGAUCGCAUAGGCUAAGUGUUUAUGGUUUAGUUUGUAAGUUGGCUUAAUCUCCAUUGAGGGUGGGGCAGGGUUGGUGAGGCAUAUAGUUUCUAGCUUCUCAUUGUGCAUGCAUGUGCUCAAAGAAAGGGGCAAUGAAAUUAGGUCAAAAGGGGUCAAUGAGAGAGAUUGAGUUGACAAGAGUUACAAAAAGUGGCCUUAUAUAAAAGGGUUAGUGAACUAUGCACAUUUUGGAGAUCCCACAUAUUUGAGCCUCUUUAUGGCAAUCUAUGCCCCAUUCUCAGCUGUCUUCUCUUGGGUUCAAUGCAUCUACUUGCUUCCUCUCUCUCUAGGCAUACAUAUACAUAGGUGAGAUUUCACUGUUUUAUUGUUUAUUAGACCCUUUUCAAUCAUUCUUAUCAUGAAUUGGCAACAUCCUUGAGAUUUAGUGAGUGAAUUAUUAGUAGGUGCCCCACUUGCUUGUCAUCUAUGUUGGAUGUACAUAUUUGUUCCCUCAAUAUAUAUGUAUUGUCUAUCUAUUUAUGGAGAGAGAUGUUGGUAAUUA